UGGAGGGACAGGUGUAAAGAAGUCCUAAGCGCACGUUAACAUGCGGCAGUGAUGUUCGCAGCUUCGUUUUUAACUUACCUGUCCGCCUUCAACCCCGCCGUGUCUGCGAAGAAGACAGGCAUAACCAGUGGCAACAGCCAACAACAAGAGUUUCGUCUUUCUAAAGGGUUUUGAGGCUGCGAGAAAGACAAGUUUGCGAUGAACAUGGAUACUGAUUCUGUACAUGAAGCUAAAGUUUCUCUUGAAGAUGUUGGAACUUGUGAUCUGGACGUCGAGUCAAUUAAAACUGACUUAGUUGUAGAGGCAUCUUCUAAUGGAGACAAGAGUAGAGAAUUAGAAACUGCGGGUGUGAUUCUGACAGGAGUUGAAUUAGAUUUGGCUUGUGUUGCAGAGAAGUUGGUUAACUUAAGCGUGCUUAUGAUGCAUGUUGCAACCAAGGAAACUGAUUUUGAAGCCUUUGCCUCAUCUAACGAUAUAUUGGCUGAUUCAGUGGAGAAGGCUUUGGAAUUUGAUUUCUUGUCUGAGAUUUUGGAUGCUGAGACAAUGGAACUGGAUAAGUUAAUGAUGAAUAUAGAAAAAUAUAUUUUUGAGGUUGGAGAAAUAAUAUCAUCAAAUGGACCAGGGGAAACUUUCAUGGCACUGGAAGAAAAGUUGCGUGAUUCUCAAGAUUCAUUGAAGCAGUCAAAAGAUCAAGUCUCAGAGAUUAGGGCACAAUCUGCCAAGUUCCAGAGGACAUUUUCGUGUCUGCAUGGGGAAGAAAAUUGGAGUGCUGACAAGGGAUCAAACUUCUUAGAAGACAACCAACUGUCAAGCAUGAAUUCAAAGAUCAACAUGCAAACUGCAGAACAACAAAGGCAUUUCUUGAGGAUGCUGGAGAAGUCUUUGGCAAGAGAGAUGGACCUUGAAAAGAAGCUAACCGAAUCAAGACAACUAGAAGAAGAGCUAAAAGAUAGAGUACUCUCUAUCCAGCAACAAGUAUUCUUCAUAGAGGAAGAAACAAUGGAUGUUUAUAAAAAAUGGUUUGAAACAGAAAAUGCUGCUGAGGUUUUGAUGGGGAUAUCAAAAGAACUACUGGGACGACUCCAAAUAUUCCAGUUAAAUUUGAAUGGUUCCGUGAAGAGAGAAGCUGAGUUAAGAUCAAAGCUUGAAAAUUCUAUUGAGCAGUUGGAAGCUAAAGAAAUUGCUUUGCAGAAGUUCGAUAGCAGCAGUACACAACUCAGUCUGCUUGUAGCAAAGACUGAUAACUUAAAAGCCAGCUUGUCAGAAGCUGAAAAUAAUUUAGGCCUUGCUAACACCGAGGCCUUAACUUUGAGGGAGAAAGUGACUUCACUUGAGAAGCAGCUGAUAGAAUCUGAAUUUCAGCUGUCUGAAAAGGUCUCUGCGGAUGGAACUCAGGAACAGCAUAAUGCAUAUUUAUGUUCUGAAAUCAAAGAAAUGAAGAAUGUAACUGAUACUGUGAAAGAAAAACUAUCUAAAGCAGAAAGUAGGGCAGACAAUGCAGAAGCCAAGUUAAAGUUAUUGGAAGAGACUAACAUGAAACUUGAUGAGGAGUUGGGCCAUCUUAAAGACACUUCUGAGAAGGUUGAUUCCUUGGAGAGACAGCUGAGGGAAUCUGAUUUUAGGCUCCAGCAUGCGGUGGCAUCUGCAGAAGCCAGUCAGGAGAAGCAAAAUAUGCUGUAUGCUACAAUUAGAGAUAUGGAAAAUUUAAUUGAGGGCUUGAAGUCAAAAGUUUCAAAAGCUGAAAGCCGAGCAGACAGUGUGGAGGAUAAGUGCAUCAUAUUAUCUGAAACUAAUUCAGAUCUAAAUGAAGAAUUGAGCUUCUUGAGGGGCCGACUUGAGUGCUUGGAGGCAUCUUUGAAUCAAGCCGAAGAAAAAAAAAUGGCAACUGCAAAAGACAUCUGCAUUCGAUCUAAAGUGAUAACAGAUUUGGUGAUGCAGCUUGCUAUUGAAAGGGAACGCCUUCAUAAACAGAUAGCAUCACUAGCACUGCAGAACCAAACUCUGGUGAUGAAGUUACAGCAGACAAGUAAAGAUGCUGUAGACACCAAGUAUCAUAACAAAGGAAGUGAUGAAAAGUUUUUGUUUACUGAGCAUGACGUAUCCAAAUUCUCAGCUACUAUUUCUGAGCUGGACAAGGCCCAGAAAAAUGAACCUGUUAGUGAAACUAAGGUGGCACCAGCAGAUUCCACAUCUGAACUUGAGACCGCGAGAAGAAUAGAUGCAGGACUCAGCUUUAAGCAUGCUAUCAUGGCAAUGCUUAUAUUACUCAUUUCAGCAAUAGUUUACGUUUUUCCACCACAAAAGCUACCGUUAUGAUGAGAGCUAUAUUCUUGUGCUAGAAGCCUAAAAGAGCAGCAUUAGGUAUACACUUUUCAGACAGAUCAAGAAUGACCUUGAAGAGCUUGUUUUUCUUACUUGUUUUUCUGUAACAAAACGAAUCAGGAGGAAAAUUUUGGAAACGAUAAAGAGUUCUGUUAUGUCCAAUCUCAUUUAAGAUCGAA